UGAAGAUGAUUUCAGACACACUGCUAGGAUACUGCCUCUACUCACUGAAGCAGAAUCCUCUGAAGAGUUGCUGAGGCAGAACUGAAAUCAUGGCUCGCCACAAAGAAGCAGCCGUAUUGGCCGCUAAUGAUGCCUCACACAGAAAGGCGAUGCUCCUUUAACUCGGGGGUUUUAAUGGGAAGUUUCUAAGCCUGAAACAACAGCUUUAGAUCUGGGGUGUGCCAUCAGCUGCUAGCAGCUACCACUGUCUACUGCUUCAACACAGCUUGAUCGGGAAGAAUGGGAACUAAAGAGGCUUGUAACUACCUGUAACUGUUCCACCAGGAAAUGGAUCAAGUGUUUGUUCAGCCAGACCCAGAUAAAUCAGCCUGUCCAAGGUGCAGUAGCCACCAUGACCUCAGUAGACUGAUGAUGGAAGAAAAGGAAACUGGGAGAUCCUGUGCUCUAGCUUCCCUGGACGAUGGAUGGAGGACAGCCCGUCCCUUCACCCCUAGUGCCCCUUGAGAACGCAUCAUCAGAUUCUAGCAUGUCUCUGGAACAGAAGACCACAUUUGUUUUUGUGAUUUUGUUGUUCAUUUUCUUGGGCAUCCUCAUUGUCAGGUGCUUCCGGAUUCUUCUGGACCCGUAUCGGAGCAUGCCAACCUCGACUUGGGCUGAUGGACUUGAAGGGCUGGAGAAGGGGCAGUUUGACCAUGCCCUUGCUUAGCAGAGGGGGUGCUCCAGAGGAGGUGAAGUGCAUCAUGAUUUGGCAAGGAUUUCUCUGUAGCCAAUAUUCUAAACACACCAAGUUUCAACAACACCCGGUCGUAGGUCCACAAUCCCUCCUUUAUUAACCAUGCCGUUGGGUUACAAAACAUUUG